CAGCCCCACCCAGGGCUUUAAUUCCCAAAAUUGCAGAAAGGAAUUGGAGAAGAAGGAAGAUGGACACAGAGUGGUACAACGACGUUCCCUGCUCUUCCAUCGCCGUCGAGUCCAUCAUUAGCAUCGCCACUGGCGGAUUAAUCUGGGGUUCCUGUGCUGCUUCCUACGAUGCCAACCAAAGAGGCUUGACUGGGAUCCAUCGUGCUUCUUUCGUGGCCAAGGCAGUUGGUAAAUACGGGUUUCAAUGUGGACUGUUUGCUGGAAUAUUUUCCUUUACACGGUGUCGGAUUCAAAGAUACCGCAAGAAAAGUGAUUGGGUGAAUGCUCUGGUUGCGGGUGGGGUUGCAGGGGCAGCCAUUGGUGCUGGAAGCCGAAACUGGAAGCAGGUUGCAGUGAUGACUAGUGUUCUAUCUGGAUUUUGUGCAAUUGCUGACCAAUCCAGACCAAUCUGAGUUCCAAAUUAGGACUCACCAAUCUASUAGUGGUAUUUGAUUUUGAAGAAGGGGAAGUUGAAUGAUAUGGAAGUAAUUUUGAGUUAUGUCUUGAUCUUCAAUUGAACCAUAUAUCUAUACUAUUUCUCACUAUAGAUAGAUAAAUGUGUAUUUAUAUCAAGGGAUUGUUUGUAAAAAUAAGUUACCUUAUUUUCUGGGU